GUUUGCUGUUUAUUUUGGAACCAGCGACGACUGACAGCACCUGCCUUUUGGCUCUUUCGUCCUCCCCACCUCUGAACACCCUCGACCUCUAUCUUGUCUCUUCUCUCGUCUCUCUCCCUCGUACGCAUCAUGGACUCCCUGUCUGUAUAUGUCCACACUCUUUGAGCAUCUUUUUUUCUACAGAGAGAGAUUCAAACUAGAGGGAGGGGUUGGAAAUUCAAAUUCACAUCUUUCCCUAAUCUGCUUAGCCCAGACAUUUAUCCAGUCGCUUUAUGUUGAUCUGUUGAGGUAAGUUUCAGACCUUUUUUGUUCUCUGAUUGUCUUCUCCUCAGAUUUUUCGCUUCUCUGAUGAAGCAACUACUGUAUUUGUGUAAAAUGUUAGAUGAUUCAUUGUUAUUCAGUGAAUGCUGUGUCGGUUAAUUCAAGUGGCGUGUUUUCACGAUUUGGGUUCUUGGAAUGAGCCAAUAUGGCAUCUGAGAUAAGCCAAUUGAAAAGAUCUUGGCUUCAGUAUAAUAAGAAAGAUGGUUUCUUGACUUACCCACCUCCAGUUCCCACCUUUUCUGGAACUUUCCAGACCCAAACAAACCCUUCCCCUUCAACACCAUCCGGGAACAACAAGACCAGUCCAGCAGUCUUGUUCGUCAUAGUAAUAUUGGCUGUCCUCUUUUUCAUAUCCGGUCUCCUCCACUUGCUAGUUAGAUUCCUACUCAAGAAUCCUUCUUCUUCAAGAGCCGAGUUUGAUCCACAUCCAGACAUUUCAGGGAGUCCAUCUGAUGCCUUACAAAGACAAUUACAACAGCUCUUCCAUCUACAUGACUCAGGUCUGGAUCAAGCCUUCAUUGAUGCUCUUCCUGUUUUCAUGUACAAACAGGUUGUAGGUCCUAAAGAGCCAUUCGAUUGUGCAGUUUGUCUUAGUGAAUUUCUGGAGAAUGAUAAACUCAGGUUGCUCCCAACAUGUGGACAUGCUUUCCAUAUCAAUUGCAUUGACACAUGGCUAUUAUCCAACUCAACUUGUCCUCUCUGCAGAGGAACCCUUUUUGGUGCUGGGUUUUCCAUUGAUAAUCCCAUGUUUGACUAUGAUGGAGUGGGGGAUGAUGAUGAUGGGGACAAUGGGAUUUCUGUUUCUCAGAAAAGAAUCGAUUUGAAUGAGAUUGUAGUAGAAAAGGAAGGAACUUUUCCUGUUAGACUUGGUAAAUUCAGCAAGUUGAAUAGUGAUCUGACUAUGAAAUGGGAAGGAGAGACUAGUAGUAGUAAUUUAGAUGCACGAAGAUGUUAUUCAAUGGGAUCAUAUCAAUAUGUAGUUGGCGAUACUAAUCUAAGAGUGGCCUUGACAAGUCAAAGAAACGUGAAAUCAAGAAGAGACGCUGAAAGGGAUGGGAGAAGGAUAGGUAUUGGUGCAAAAACUGAUAGCUACUCAAUGUCGAAGAUUUGGUUGUGGUGAGAGAAAAGGAGUUUUGCAAGUUCUUCAGAGUCCACUGGGUAAGAAGAUCGUUCUCCUUUUGAUAGGGCCUCCAAAUGGAUGCCAGACAAGAAGGGAAGUAAAAUUGUCUUUGCCUUUUGAAAUUCUUUCUAGGCUAAAAAAUGGUAAGUUGGCAACCUCUCAUAUGACAUGGUAGAUCUGAAGUUGGGCCCAAAUUCUUUUUAUUUUUUGAAGAUUGGAUACAAUCAAAUUGAGAAAUCUAGAAUCCUUGACUCUUGAACUCCAGCAUGAUUUAUAAUCCAUGUCCUGAUUAUUAAGAAAUAUUUAUGUGAUUAUAUCUUGACACACUGCUCUUACAAGAAGCUGCAUUUACUAACAACGUUUUCACAUAUAGCUUCUUGAAGCAAUAACACUAGUGGCCAUA